ACAAGAUCGAAAAGCUUAACGGAGCGCCCAUGGCGAAAUCACAAGCAGGUCAGACUGUCGAGCCGGAGGCGUCCAAGCUGUGGAUCCACUGCAACAGCUGCUGCGCCCUGUUCUGCGAUAAGAAGCACACCUUCUUCCUGCUCGCCUGCCAUCACGUGUUCUGCGAGCGGUGCGUCAAGGUCUCCGCCGGCCGCACGCCCAGCGACGCGCCCAUAUUCGAAUGCUCCACCUGUCGGCGGAGCGUGCGCGGCCGCCAGUUGACCAACUCGAUGCCCAACCACUUCAAGCAGCUCUUCCAUCCGGAGCCCUUCACCAUCGGCAACGACUUUGUGGAGACGUUCCAGCGCGGCAAUCAUCGGCACUUCGACAAGUACAAGGAGAGGAAGGAACUGGAGAUGGAUAAGCUGUUCAAGGACAUCGAGGUGGCCAAGUCCGUGUGCCAGAAACGCUUCCUGGAGGCGCAGAUGCUGCGCGUGGAGCGCAAGAAGCUGAUGCAGAGGUCGCGCUACAUUAAGGCGGAAGUCGCCAAUCGGAAGGCGGAAAUGCAUCGGAUGGCCCAGGCCUACCGAAGCCGCUCGCUGACUUCGCAAUCCUCGUCAUCCGCCCAACGCUCGGCGCGCGGACGUCCUCGUGGCCGUGGAACAGCCACACAGUCCUCCAGUCGACGCCGAUCAACGGAAUCAGCAAAGCGGCAGCAAAUCACCAGCUUCAUACACCCGCCGAACAACUCGUUCGAUCUGUGAGCUAGUGCUGAUAGGUAAAGCUCUGUUUUACAACCGAGUAUAUAUUUUUUGUAAAUAAUCAGCUUAAAACAAUAAAAUGGUGUC